CGGCAGCAUUUCGCUCACCGCUCUCUUUACGCAGCUCUCUCUAGGCCAGCUUUCUUCCUUUCUCUCUUUUUCAACCCCUCUUCGACCAUAUACUUAUCUACCUAUCCAUCUUACCAACCCCUUUUGUCGCUUCCUCCUUCUUUCCUUCUCACCGAGGCCUACUUACUUCUCUCCCUUCUUGUUCGUUGCAAUCUCUCUCUCUCUCUCUCUCUUUCUCUCUCGUUCUCUCUUUCUUUCUCACUCUUGGUGCUCGAUCCCAUCCAUUUCAGUCUGUAGACCGGGACCAUGCGACACACGCGUCCACGCGACCAAGUGUGUCCGUGUCGAAUGACGAAUGAGUGGCACUCUCGAGGGAAACGGAAGCAGGGACGAGCAGGUUGAUCGCGAUUCGGAUGUGCCGUGUUUUGGUGGGCUGGGUGCGCCGCGCCGGCCUGUCACGUGGAAAUUCGAUUUCGAACUAGAGUUUCGUUCUCUCUCUUGCGUGGAGCGAAUCAAGGAAAAGCUGGUCGAGAAAAGAGUUUGCUGACUCCUUUCAAAGUUGUUGCAGCUUUCGAAACUCGUCUCGCUGUAAAACAUUACACGCGUAGCCUGUUCAAGUGGUCCAUUGUAAAAGGAAAGAGAAAGAAAAUUCAAUGAAUAUAAUGAUAACUGAAAGCUCAAAAUGGAGCGUGAUCGUUUCGAAGCGGUGAAAAUUUAUUGAAGUCGUGGGAGAAUGAAUUUUUUCCCGGUGAAAUUGAACGAGUUGCGUGGCGAUUCGAGAAACAUUGACAGGAAAAUGCAUCAAAGAAGAAAGGAACACGUGGUCUCGACGUGGACGCAAUAGAGGCGCUUUAUUGGUGACAGCGAGUCAACAACGACCGACACGGACCGCAUCCACAACAACGAAGAAGUGCAUCGCCCCAACCGGGUUGACGCGAUUUUGACACGCCGCAGAUGAAUUUACGUCACAACGUCGAUUUAAGUGGCUUCUGUGUUCCUGUCUUGGCCAAGAUGAUCUGCAUUUUCUUCUUCUCGUUGCUUCUGCACGAGGGAACCGUACACAGCACUCGGCUGGUCGAAACGGACGCUUUCCAAGAAUGGUCAACGCUAGAUUCGAGCCAUUACUUUGAUACAACGAUCCCGUCGAACGUGACGGGACUCGUUGGUGACACCGUUGAACUGAUGUGCAAAGUGAAAAACCUGGGGAAUAAAACCGUGUCGUGGAUGAGGCAUCGAGACAUACACCUUUUAACGGUCAGUAAUUACAUUUAUACGAGUGAUCAACGUAUCCAGACUAUUCACAAGCCUAACACAGAGGAGUGGGUGCUGAGGAUACAGAAUCCGCAGAAAAAGGACUCUGGUAUCUACGAGUGUCAAAUAUCCACCACCCCUCCCGUGGGUCAUCGCGUUUAUCUAACAGUGGUUGAGCCAGAGACGGAGAUAUCCGGAGGUCCUGACCUGUUCAUCAACAAGUACAGCACGAUAAAUUUGACGUGCCUGGUGAAAUUCGCCCCCGAACCACCGUCCACGAUCGUCUGGAAUCAUAAUCAUGAGCCGAUUAACUUCGAGUCGCCGAAGGGUGGCAUCAGUCUGAUCACCGAGAAAGGACCUGUAACUUCCAGCCGUCUGCUAAUUCAGAAGGCGAUCGAGAAAGAUUCGGGCCUUUACACGUGUUCGCCGAAUAACACUCGUCCUAACAGCGUGCGGGUUCACAUUGUCGAUGAACAUCCGGCGGCGAUGCAUCACGGCGCCGGCCACCGAAUAGCUGUGACUUUACUUCAUUUUCUUUUACUUAUUUUCGCGAUCAUUUAGCCGGUGCUCGGUCUCGACAAGUGGUCUUCCGUGCGAAUUGUUUCCGCGUUAUCGACCAUACUCGAUUCAGUUUAUUUCUAUUCCAACGAUGCCCGAACUUUGCCGCUCGCUUCGAGCAUCUUCGUUCUCCUUUUAUUUCUAUUUCGUACCUCUUCAAUUUUAUUGCUUUCCUAAGUGUGUCAUCGUUUCAUUUUGCGUUCAGUUGAUUUAUUUUUCUUUGGAAAAUCAUAUAGACCAUCCUCGUGCGAAAACAAUUUUUGUUUGCACUUAUAUACCCUAAUGUUUCGGAAUAUCCUGUAGACAGUGAUUUAAUUUCCGCGCUUGUUUUCCUUCCCUCGGCAUGCACGACACGAGAUCGCGCACUGGUUCCUGUGAAAUUGUUCUUUUCGCUAGGAAAACAGACGAUGUGUUUUUACUUCUUUUUUUUUUCCACUGCAACAGACGAGCUCGACAAUCGUUUCGGAUUGAACCAUUGAAUUCGUAUUCGUUGUCGUUGUUAGUCCACGCUCGGAAACGUUUUACGGAUCGGACAGACGUUUUUAACGAGCCUUUUACACGCCGAUCGACCAACAACAAGCAGUUAGACGAAACUUCGAUGAUGGAAUCAGUAACCGAGUUACAGACUGACGUAUAUUUAAUUAAAUAAAAAAAAAUCCGCAUUGUUGGUAACAAUGGCGGGGAAACGUCGACAAGGUGCUCCAAUAAUAAACUUCCUUCUCCCUUGUUGACGAAACUUUACCGUACUUCCCUCAGUUUCGAUGCGUUCACCUCGAAGCGACUUCCUAUCCAGGCAAACUCGUUACGUUCUAUUUCUGCCUUCGACAAAUGGAAUCAAUGUUACAAGGAAACGCGGAGUCUUUCGUGUCAUAAGACGUGGCAUAAGAAACGAGUGAAUUCGCUUCGAAGAUAAAACUCGGUCCUUCUCGCAUUCUUCCAUGUCUUUUCCUAUGAUUUUUGAAACACCCUGUACGUACGUUUUUUCGCAUUGAAAAAGUAAAUAACAGAUUCUUGCGAUUUUCAGUUCGCUAGAUUAACAAAUAUUCCAAUAUUCGAGUAAAUAAGUUCGAUAGAAAAUCCUAUCGAUUCGUUCGACGUAAUUAACGAGAAAUCGUAACGCGAAGGAUUUUCUUGGUAAACAGUAAACUGAAAGUUUCGUUUCAUUUUUGAAAUAGAAAUGUUUACAGAGGGUGCAGCAAUGUGUGCCAGGAGUUAAGGAAAAAGAGAGUUGCUAAAGGAUUAAGGAAAGAAACGGGAGGAACAGUUUGCUCGAAAGCUGUGUCGGGCCAUUCGUACUGAUUACUACUUAAUUUUGCUCUUUUUUUACCGAGUCUAAACCAUCGUGAUUACGGUAAACUGCGAUUACUUCCUUUUCUGCAGUUUUCUUCGUACGUUCGAGUUACUGUUUUACUGUACACAACUUCACCGUGAAAGGAAGGAAAAAUAUCGUUCAGCGAGCAAAUGGAAGGAAAAUAUUUGCUCGAAUAAAAAAGAUGUUUUGUCAAUCUGAACCAGGACGAAGAUUAACUUUUUUUCGCGGAUAUCGCGAAAGGACGAAUUGAAAAUUUAUUGCAUCGUUUGAUUCAGAAUAUCUCUUUUGUACACAGAGAUUGAAAAGUAACGUACGAAUUUCUUCCCACAAUUUUACAUUUUAUGGAAAUGGAAAAAAUAAAUUGUUGAAACGUGCAGUAACUUACAGUAAUUCGAAUAUUCGUUCAGAUAAUUAAAAAUUCUAAGACAACUUUGUUGAGUUUAAAGCGUGAAUAUUUAAUUUUACAUUUUUCACAUUACUGACCCUCUACACCCCCUCGUGAAAGUUUGAUAUAAUGUAGCAAGAGUUUCUGAUUUAAAUUUAUAGCUCGCUUUCUUGCAUUUUUCAUCGUGUCUGGCUUGAAAUAUAAAUUACUCGUGAAAAUUUCAUUCGCCUUAAAAUCUUGGGCGAACGGAUGUAUAAACCGCUGUAAGUUGAAUAUAAUUAACUGCCAUUAUCUGUACGCGUGAUAGUCGUGUUUUUGUUGUAUCGAAGGGACCAUGAAGGUUAAGCAAAGACAGAUGGUCCAAUUAUCCUGAUUAACGAGUGUUAUUUAGAAAAUGAGACACGGACGUUCGUAAGCCAUAGCAAAAACUCCAUGGUACUCUUUUGAUUGCGACACGAUACCAUUAGUCGUAAGUCUUUUUACAAAAUUUGAAAGAUAAAGAGAGAAGCACCUGUUAGUCGUACGCGAUAUUCAAUGCUAUUAGUCAAAAAAUGGUAAAAUUAGAUAAGUCUUCUUUAUCUAAGAAAUUUUUUACGAAUGUACAUAAAUAGAUAAGAAAGUCAGACCUUCUAUAGCGACGUAUCUCCCCUUUGUAGCGAUUGAUUAAAUAAAACAGAAGAGUCUGUUUGGUGUUAUUCUAAAAAGUGUUUAAAAGAAAUAACAAUUUACAUGGAUCGUUGUUAUUUUUAAU